GUAUAAUGAGCAAUCAGAAAAGUUUAUUGUGUUCCUCGUGGCCUCGUAUUGAAAAGUUACCCUGAAAAAAAAACUGCUGCAGCAUUAUGCUCUAUGCAUAGCUCUUGCUGCUUCCCCUUUAGUCAUGCAGGGCAGUAAGUAAGGAUGAUGGCCUUUUUCUGGUAGACAUUCUGGAAUAUUCUCAAACAAUUUCAUCCGCUCUUCUUCAGCAGCCUUCUCAAACUCACUCAACCGCUGUCGCUGCUGAGAACGGGGGAAGGGGGGUUGGCAACAAGGCAAUGAAGCGUUGUGAUAAUACGACGAGAAAAUAAACAUUGCUUUCUACAAUAGGAUACAUCUAUUGUAUUUUUUCCAGCCUUAUAUUUUAUACAUUGCUACAUACUAGUCAUUUAACGUAUCUUAGUUUUUAUUUUCCUAAUACUGUCGGCUUUGGAAAGGAUCCAAAACACAAAAGUGUAAAACUCAAAAGUAUUUUAAUGCCAAAAAUCAGGUGACCAAAAUAAAAAAGGUAGCUAGGAUGCUGAAACCAGCAGAGUGUGACUGAAACUGAACUGUAUACACUGAGGAGUGAGAGAUGACAGAGGACUAGUUAUGAGGAGGAGCUGUGAGUGGGAGCAGAGUACAGCAGGGGAACAUAGGAGGAACUAUAAAUGAAAAUAAUUUAAAAGAAGAAGAAAGAAACCUAAAAGGGAAAGAAGAAUAACUAGAAUAAAACCUGACAACAAAAGUAGUAGAAAAUUCAGUGGAAGAAAAAAAUAAGACUUGAAUACUAAAUGAGAAAACCUUAACAGCUUAAGAAAAUUUUUAUUUUUAUUUAUUUUUUUGUGAGGGAGAUUUAUUGGCCAUUAUAUCGGCUAUUGGCUUUUGUUAAAAGUUUUAUAUCGGUAUCGGUCCCAAAAAAGGCAUAUCAGUCGGGCCCUAAAAUACAUAAACAUUAAUUUGCGUUGCUCGGUUAACUUAAAACACAGGGAAAAAAGUUACAGCAACAUUACAAAAGAGGAAAGAACAGCCAUGACAGCACUAUCCAAAAAUGAGCACAUCAGUAUUCUACCUGCAGAUAAAAGAAGAACUACAGCGAUAAUGGACAAAGACAAAUAUAAAUAACCGAUGCUGGAGGACAACAAUACAUACAAACUAUCCAAAAAGAUCCAACUGAAGGCAUCAAGAAAAACAUCUAAACAAUUACUUAAACCAUUACAAGAAAAGGGCAGAAUAACAGAAAAAAGUACAAACACUGGAUUUUAACAGCAAACAUAAUCCCAAGAAUGUAUGGAACCCUAAAAGUCCACAAACUGAACAUUCCACGUAGACCUAUAGUAGACAGCAUAGAUACACUGACAUACAAUAUGGCAAAAGAAAUAAGCAAAAUUAUCAGUCCAUUAUUAGGUAACACAGAGCAACAUUGCAAAACCAGCACAUAACUGGCAAAAUAACUGAGAAAAGGAUUACAGAAGAAGACAAUGACACACUAAUCCAGGGCUAUUCACCUCACCUGCUUUUUCCCCUCUCACUGAGAACUGUGUGUCCAAGCUUCUCAGGUGCAGCCGCCCUACUACAUGUCCACUUAACCCCAUUCCGACGAAGCUGCUCCAAGCUAUUGCUCCUACAGUAGCCGCAGCAGUCACACGUGAUUAACGCUUCACUGACGUCUGGUACAUUUCCCACCUCUCUCAAGCAUGCUCAGGUUAAACCGCUGCUAAAAAAACAUCUCUUCCUCCAAAUCGUGGAGAACUACCGACCUAUCUCUCUCCUCCCUUUUCUGUCCAAAAUCAUUGAAAGGGUGACUUUCAAUCAGAUCACAGAAUACCUCUCACCAAACUGUCUGCUUGACCCUUACCAAUCUUGGUUCAAAAAGGGCAACUCCACUGAAACUGCUCUGAUAGCAGUGACGGAAUCAUUAAAAGAAGCUAGAGCGACUGCCAAAUCCUCAGUGCUUAUCCUGCUCAACUUAUCGGCUGCAUUUGACACUAUCAACCAUGGCUUCCUUUUGUCCACACUCUAGCAUGGGCAUCACAGAGAAAGCAAACGCCUGGUUUGAAUUGUACCUCACAGGAUGAUCAUUCAGUGUAUCUUGGCUUGGACAAUACUCUACCAUGCACCAUCUUGCCACAGGAGUCCCCCAGGGCUCUGUACUAGGACCUCUUCUCUUUGCCAUAUAUACCACCUCAUUGGGUGAGAUCAUUCGAUCUCAUGGCUUCUCCUACCACUGCUAUGCAGACAACACCCAGCUCUGUCUGUCAUUUCCACCGGACGACCACACUGUCUUUGCAUAAAUAUCAAACUGUCUCUCUGACAUAUCAAAAUGGAUGAAAUCCCCCCAUCUCCAACUCAACCUCUCUAAAACUGAACUACUUGUCAUCCCAGCAAAACCAUCCAUACAGCACAAUAUCUCAAUCCAAAAUGACUUCCUAUCACUGGCUCCUUCAAAGGCAGUUUGAAAUCUGGGUGUUGUGAUUGAUGAACCCCUGACCUUUAAAGAUCAUGUUGCCUCUGUUGCUCGUUCAUGCCGCAUUGCGCUGUAUAACAUACGAGAGAUCAGACCAUACCUAACACAACAUGCCACCCAGCUCCUGGUGUAAUCUACUGUCACCUCCCGCCUCCAUUACUGCAAUGCCCUUCUAACUGGUUUUCCAACCUGUACUCUGAGACCUCUUCAAAUGGUCCAGAACGCAGCUGCCAAAAAGAGCACACGUCACCCCUCUGUUCAUUGAGCUCCACUGGCUACCGCUAGCAGCACGCAUCAAAUUCUAAUGGCUAACACUAGCAUACAAAGUCCGAGAUGGUACGGCUCCCAUCUACCUGAAUCCUCUUGUAAAGGCUUACGUCUCGGCCCGGCUGCUCCGGUCAUCACAGGAUCGUCGGCUAGCAGUGCCUACACCACGCUCAGGACAAUCCAGACUCUUCUCAUGCAUCGUUCCACAAAUGUGGAAUGACCUUCCAAGCACUACCAGAACUGCGGCUUCCUUUUCAAUUUUCAAGAAACUCCUGAAGACCCUGCUCUUCAGAGAGCAUCUUCUAAACUAGCACCCUCCCUGCACCCGUCCCCCCUCUCUACUGUCCACUCCUUGUUUCCUCCUCUCCAUGACUGAUGUCAAGUUGUUGUUGUUACUGUUGUUGUUAGCCUCAAGGACAACAUGCCGAUUAUCACUUGUAAGUCGCUUUGGACAAAAGCGUCUACUAAAUACAUAAAUAUAUUCAAGUUCAGGCCUCAAGGGCAGGUAUCCUGUACGUUUUAGUGGUUUCUCUGGUCCAACACACCAGAUUGGCUGUUAAUCACCUGCUGAUUGAAAUCAGGUGUGUUAAAGCAGGCUAGUACACCCAAAAGGCAAGACACGAUAUCAGCAGAACAUAAGUGUGGAGUCAUUUAUGAAAUCCCCUGCUAACUUGGCAUCAUGAAUACUUUAUACAGGUGCUUACAUACAUACAUAGGAGAAACCGACUCAACACACAAACAAUAGAACAUAGAAAAGAGUGUGAGAAGGAAGUAGAGGCCGACCAAUAAGUGUUUUUAAAGGCCAAUGCAGAUACCAAUUUUUAAAGAAUUUUGUUGCAGAUGGCUGAUAUCUGAAGCCGAUUAUUAAGGCUGAUUUACGUUUUAGCAGCACAUUGAUCGUGAAAGACCACUGGACACUCACUGUGUGAAAUAUAAAUUAAAUAAGUCAAUUAAUCUCUUAAUAUUUACUGACCUUCAAUUAGAAAACAAACUCAAAACAUUACAAAAAUUGUGUGUUAGGGUCCUUUGGGUCCUUUCUUCAGUCUAGUAGUGGCGGCAGUUGACCACACUGGUGCCUGAUUUAAGAAAAAUGUAUUUUAUUGGCUUUUUAAAUAAUUUCAGUCGAUGGCCGCUGUGGAAGAAAUUGAAUACAUCGGCCCGAUAUAUCGGUUGGCCUCUAAAAGGAAGUACAAUGAAGAAAUCAGCUGUAACAGACCACUGCAGUUCAAUUCAAAUUUAUUUCUAUAGCGCCAAAUCACGACGAGUCGUCUCAAGGACCUUCCCACAGUAAAUAUUCUAACACAGGUCAGGUCAUUAAGCCAAUCAGUAAAAAGUUUCCUAUAUAAGGAACCCAGCAGGUUGCAUCAAGUCACUGACUGUACAAGGGAAAACCAAAUAAUGAACUGGGACAACACACGGAUCAUAAACGCAGAGCAACAGAAAUAUAAAAGACGGAUUAAGGAAGCCAUAGAAUAAGGAGACAUGGACAUGGAACCAUGAACAGAGACGAUGGAGUCUACACGUUGGAUCACGCAUGGGACUGUGCCAUCGAUGAGGAGGGCGAUGUCGCACAGAUAAAUGGACAAAAAAGUGACGCCACCAACAUCGGCACAGCUCUGAGGAUGGCUAAAGUCAUUAGACAAAACGUUAGCAAACAAGGUGAAGAGCAACUGUUUCUGCUGUGUUUUAAAAGAACCAAGCAAUGGAAGGAGUGUGUGCAGCUGUUUAUUUGAGUUCUAAUAAAUCCCCAUGAAUGAUUAAAUCUGGAGAAGUGGCUAAUGACUGACAAACAAACUGGUUUUAAUUAGAACAGCUUUGUUUCAUAUGUUUCACCAGAAGAUGGUUUUAGACACUUUAGUGGAGGUGAAUCAGGAACGUCUCUGGUCACCGCGGUCUUAUUGGGGGUUUAGGUGGUGUGUGUGUGGGUGUUUAUAGGGCCUUCGUAGGCUGUUUUAGGGAAACUCAACCAAGAGACUCUUUGGAGUCCUGUGCACCACAGUGUGGCUCCCAGAUGUUUGGAUUGUCCCUGUUAAUCUCCUGAUGGUUGACCACAACGCCACUCCCUGGUCAGACCGACAGAAAGGCAGCGAGGCAGCUUCUCCAGCUUGGCCCAAAAAAGAUGAAAAAGUCAGCCCAAUGCAGAGCUGCUGUCUGUGGUUUUGUCAUUCUCCUGCUGCACGUCGUUCCAGAUGACCUGAGAGGAGAACUCUCGGCACGUCGAUCCCAACAAAUAUGCAGAAAUAUUGUCUGCUAAAGUAGGGAAGAAGAAAAUGGCCCAUUUGGGACUGAAAUGAUUGAUGGAGGAUGAUUCACUCAAUUUGCUUCAGUUUCCUCCUGAAGUGACCCAGCUUGGGUUGAGCAAGUGAACUCCCAUCUCGCACUCCCACAUCCACACCUGGAUCCACCCCAUCAUCUGUCUGUUCCUGGGAACGCCAGAGUCUUCCAUCAGCUGUAGAUCUGAGAGGUUUUUAUGAGGUGGUGUUGGUUCUCGUCUGAGGAGCUCCGUUCAGACAGGAAAGAGAGCUUUCUGAACCUCAAAGCCGUUACCUCACCAAGCCGUACCACAUCAGACCAACAACAAGGGGUGGAGAUUAAACUUUUUCUCCACCGGCCACAUUUUUUUAUGUGAAGCACUCGCCUCGGUUACCGGCUUCUAUCUCUGCUCUGAGGGAGUUUCUCUACACUUCAGCUUUAUUCUUCACAAACACUGGCUGCUUCCUAUUCACGUCAGUCCAUUCCCUUCUUUUCAUCUAAUCCACAAUGAAGGAGAAAAAGUCCCAGAUCACAUGAUGUCAUCUGAUGUUCACACCAACUGUCAGAACUGUCGCUUCAUCCUUUGGCUCCUCUUGAGAAUCAUUUUUGUUUUCCGCCACCCGCUGAACAUCAGGAAUGUAAAGCUACGUCGCUAACGUUGCUGUUCACUUCUUCUUUUAAUGAGAACGGCAGACUAACGGCAUCACGGGCGCGCUGCUGCCCCCGGCAGGUCAGCUGUAUAGACAACGCUGCUUUAUUUUCGUACUUGAGGCCUGCCACUGUGGCGUGUGUGUUGUGCCACUUAACCCGCCACUUCAUGAAUUUACCCGCAUUUGGCCGUGGCGGGUGCCAGUUUCCACCGCUGCCAACAACACUCUGGAGGGAGUUACUAAAGGGUCCCACAAUAUUCCCGAGGGUUCUCACUUCACCUGGGUGAGGGUCAGGGACUCAUCCUGCUGGGUUUUACACAUGCAGGUGUCCUGAGUCAUUAUGGGAUGUCUGGAACCCACCAGUAGAGAUGUGUCCGAUUGCUCUGGUAGGAGUCGGAGACCAGACUGAGGUAGUACGUUCACAAGGAUGCCGCUUCCUCACCACACACACACACACACACACACACACGCCAAUGAGAACCCUCUUCUUUUGGCAGCGUCUUGCUUUUGACCUGAAGAAAAAUAAACAACUUUUAUUGCGUUUUCACCAGCUUGUCUCUAAAAUGAAAGACUGAGCAUUUGCUAAAUACAUGUGAAUGCACAGGAGCACAGGUGUUUUUCUGUCUGAUCUGUAGUAUUCUGAAUAAUAACAUAAAUGUAACGAAUUGCAGUCUCGGAAAAGUACGGUGGCCCUGUGAGUGCUGACUUAAGAGCUGGUUCUGAAGGUCUGAGCUGUGCUUGUUCGUGUUUCUGGUCCUCCUGCAGCAGAUGAGCUGUUCAGUGGAAACCCAGUGGGUCUGGAGAACUUUUUCUUUGUGUUUGUGUCCAGAACAAUAGAUUUAGGAGGUGAAGGAAGACGAAGAAAAUAGAUAAAAAAGGCAGAAACACUAAUGAGGACCAGGACCGGCACCUCAACACGGAUGCUUGUGAUGAUGGACCUGGGACUGGUUCUGGUCACGUUUUCAGAUGGUUAUUCUUUGGUCUUGUAGCAAUAUUUACUCCAGAUCCCUCCACACACACUUGUGCAGUGAAAACAAGCAGGUUCGUUCCAUAUGUGAGGACAACCCUGGGGAACACGUCAGAGUCCGGGUUACAUAAAGACCCAACAGUGAGCGGACCACAGUGAGAGCGCGCCUUGCCGAACCGGAGGAGGCUGUUAUUUAUGAUCCAGUUAAGGUGUCCCGUUGCAGGAGCUGCUUCCUCCUCCUCCUCCUCCUCCUCCCCUCUGUUAUCACACAGCAGCGGGGUCCGACCCGGUCCAGUACCCUGCCUGCAUCUGGAGAGAGCAGCAGCUUCUGCACCCUCCAGAGAGCCGCUUACCUGCUCCGGACCGGCUUGCUGUGUGUUUUAUGGGAGACGUUAAAAGCUUCGACUGUUUUGGUCAACAGGGACGGGUUUUCUGUUGAUUUUACUAUUUCUGAUUAAAACUUGGGAACUGUUGUCACCUCUUGAUUCGACUCGUGGAACCCGAGCAGCAGCAUGGACUUGGCCUACGUCUGGCUCCUCGCCAACGCUUUGAUGUUGAUCCACCAGUUUCAAGCUGCUGUCAUGGGCCCCGUGGCGGAGGAGGGGCCCCUCGCGCAGCUCCACCACACGGCCCAUCGGCGGGACAAACGCUGCUCCUGUGAGAACCAGAAAGACAAGGAGUGCAUCUUCUUCUGUCACAUCGGCAUCGUGUGGGUCAACUCCCCCAGCCACGUGGUUCCGUAUGGGUUUGGAUCGGUGCGGGUCAGGAGGGAUCUGCAGCGCUGCUCCUGCUCACAGUCACAGGAUGUCCAGUGUCUGACGUUCUGCUUCGGGAACAUGCAGCUGAACGACGAUCUGAAACCGAAGAAGGACAAACUGAAGACGUACAGCGAUGCAUUCUGGGACAAGAGGAGCCGACACGCUCUGAAAUACCAGACCUGAGCUGAACUGGACCGGUACCAGUGGUGUUAGCGGUACCAGCUCCUCAGAAACAAAGUAUUUAAUGUAUCUAGAAUGCAAAUAUUGGACCUUUGAUCGUGUGUGACGGUGGUUCUGCUCGUGUUUGUUUGGACCUGACAUUAGAACAGAACCAGCUGGAGGUUCUUUAGUCUCCAACCUUUGUGACCCAAACAUCAGCUGAUGAAGCUCAUGCUGCAUUAUAGAGAUUCAGAACCAGAACAGCUGUUUCUGAUCCGUUCUGGUACCGGAUCCAAAAGGAGAGGGACAGCUAGCACUACAACCAGGACAGAGGGAGACUACGGUGCCCUAGAAGGGACAAAAUCCACCCUGGAACUUCUGAUUCUGGUACCACCGGUACUGGUGAGGACUGGACCUCUUAGGCAGAUGGAGUUUGUCCCCUCCUGGACACCGUAGGAUGAAAACAUUCAUCUGGAGUUUAGAGACGAGUUUGUGGACUUAAAACAGUUUCUGUUCUCUAAAAGUCCAGAAAGGUUUCUGAGAUUCGGUCCCAGAAACAGGAAGUGGUCUUCUGCGUCAAACUUUUUAAUGUGAUCAGAACCAGAACCGACCCAGACCUGUCUGCUCCUUUUGUUUGACCCUCAGUUUGUCACAUGGAAUCAUCUUUUAUGUUUCAGUUCAGCUUUGAUGAAAACGGGAUUUGACCCUUCCCCUGAGUUCCUGACCUCGAACGUUUUCCUUUCCGAGUUUUUGGAGUUUUAACCUGUUGGAAGAAAACUUUAACUCUUGAAUUUUGCCCGCUUAAGUGGAGUUUAAUGAUGUUAUUACCCGCUUAAGUGGAGUUUAAUGAUGUUUUGAGCUGAAGCUGACUGAUGUCUAGAGGCUGAAGCUGGAUUUCACUCAUUUAGAAAAAAUAAGUUUCUUUUGGAAACUUAAAAUUCCUGGAUAAAGAUCCUCCUGGAGGUCUUAAGGUUACGUUUGCUUCUGUAGUCUUCAUCCAGAACCAAAAACACCCCUUUAUUCCCUACAGUCUGGUCUUCUCGUCCGACGCUGUCGGUUUGAUUGUUGUGAGUUUGCUAAAUCUGGUUUAUCUGUUUGUUGUGUUUUAUGAUUAGAGAGACAUAUUCUGAUUCUCACGGUAAACGGUUUGUUGUGUUUAGUAACCAGGUGGAUCUGCAUUUCCCUGAACAGAGGCUGACACUUCCUUCAUGAAUAAUUAACUUUUGUACAGAAAGGCCUUGGGCCUUUCAUGCAUGCAGCCUGUAAAUAAAGUAUUUAUUUCUUCA